AUUCCAUUGUCGUUACGACUUCUAGUCAUCCGGCUGAUCCGGAGAUCUGAACAAAAUGCCUCACAAAGAAUCAUACGUGGAAUUUACGCCUUCGCGCUAUCCACAAUUCCCUGAUGGUCUCAAGGAAAUCGAGCUCAAGACUAUUUCACUUCGCAAGAUCCAAGAUGCCGAUAGGGAUGAGCAAGAACUCAUGUUCGAGGCGUGCAAGGCUUGGGGAUUUUUCUAUCUGGAUCUGAGUGAUUCUGAGCAAGGCGAAAUCAUAUCGAACAGCUCUGAGGAUGUCGCUCGAGUUGCUGAAGAUGUGAUGGCUUUGCCUAUGGAGGAGAAGAUGAAGUAUCCUUUUGAUUUUGCGAAUCGAGAGGUUUUUGGCUACAAGGUCAUUGGCCAAACGAAAGUGGACAAGAACCAAACUCCCGACACAGCAGAAUUCUUCAACGUAGCCAAAAACGACAUGAUCGUUCCUGAUGAUCAAAUGAAACGAGCAUGGCCGAAGCCUGUUCUAGAGAAGAAACCUCUUCUCGCCACAUAUUGCAAGACCGCACACUCUGUCGGCCUCCAGAUCUUAGAAGUUCUGGCCAAGAAGCUGGGAAUCGAUCCCGAGGAAAUUCAUCAACGACAUAAAAUCGAAGAGCUUUCUGGAGAUCAUAUUAGAAUGACGAGGGGUCCUCCGAGAAAGACGGCUGAUAUGCCGGAGAUUCAAACGCCUUCGCAUACGGAUUUUGGGACGAUUACGAUUUUGAUGAAUUGGCUUGGUGGUCUCCAAGUCUACGGCUCUCCUAACCGUGUCUUGGGUAAUCUAGACUACGACGAUGAUACCGCAGAAUGGCUAUGGGUUAGACCAAAGAAGGGCUGCGCAAUCGUCAACCUCGGCGACGCUGCUGUCAAGUUCACGAACGGCGUCUUGUGUUCCGGUCGUCAUCGCGUGAUUCCGUCUCCUGGAGAACAGGGUAAAUGGCCACGAUACAGCAUCGUAUAUUUCGUCCGCCCAGCUCAUGAGUGUCGAUUGAAGACACUCAAGGGCAGCGGUGUGCCGGAAGCUGGGGACGAAGAUGAAGAAGGCGUCAGGGCCAAAGAUUGGAUUUUCAUGCAGGCUGAGCGGCUUGCUGGUAGAUAGGCGUCAAUAGAACUUGGCGAUUAUGGAUCACACCUGGGGCAGGAAGCCCACUGAGACUGGACAAAUUUGCUAUAACUAGACUGGAUAAUCAAGACUGAUGGCGUCUUUACCUUGCUUCUCCAUGCUUCCGUUAGAAUGAUUUCAAACAAAGUCGG